CCCCCGGGGGCUGUGCCCCUGUCCUGGGGGGGAACGGGGCCACCUUCGCCCCCUCCCCGUUACCGUCCAACCCUCGUGGCUGCCUCGUCCCUAACGCCGAGCGUUGUGUGCAGGAGGAGCUCACCAGCACCAGCGUGGAGCACCUCAUCAUCAACCCCAACGCCGCUUACGAGAAGUUCAAGGACAAGCGCCUGGGCACCGAGGGAGUGGAUUUCUCCGAUCGCAUCGGCAAGACCAGGAAAACGGGCUACGAGUCUGGGGAGUAUGAAAUUCUCGGCGAGGGUCUUGGUGCCAAAGAGACGCCCCAGCAGCGGUACCACCGGCUGCAGCACGAGGUGCAGGAGCUGGUUAGGGAUGUGGAGCAGAUCCAGGUGAGCAUCGCCGCUGCCCUGCGGACCG